UUUGUCGGGAGCGCUGCAAGCAGUAGCAAUGGUUCAGAGGAACUACCAUUUGCGGAACCCGAACUCACAAAGCUUCGUGAACGCUACGGCCACUUUGUUGUUACGUUUUCCAAUACUGACGAUUGUCGAAAAUUCCGCCAGAUGCAUGAAGAGCGUCUUGCUCGUCACGAUAUCGUUACAGCAUCUCCUGUGGGAACUCCGAUGCUUUCGCCAUCACCGACUCCUGAUCAGCCGCAAACCGAGAUACCCGUCGAUUCGCCAUUCGCACUCACGCCUCCGCGGCCAGUUCUACAAGUGGAAUCAGUGCAAGAUAGUCCGAUGCCGCUGCCUCUAAACGACAUGUUAGAGGAGUCUGCCACGUAUCCGGAGCUCAAAUUGCCCCCGUCUGCCAGUCCAAUAUGGCCGGAGGAUACGUCAAUACAUGCCAGAUUUCUUGAUGUUGCGGGUAAAGACCUUUGUCGCCAGUGUGGACCGGCUGUGGCGAAUACAGCGUCCGAUGCCGGUUACCUCCUGCAACAUGAUGAUAUCUACAAAACUCUGAGGAAUAACGAAAUUCGCCUGCUUCUCAUUCGGCCGGGCAGUUAUGAUGACCCACUGUCGUGCUCGCUUCAGGCCUAUCCUCUUUCAGGCAUUGAUGAUACCUCUUAUGAAGCAGUUUCGUACUGCUGGGGACGUGUGGAUCAGACCAAAGAUAUAAUGAUCAGCGCGAGCCACAGCUUCAAAGUCUCUAAGCACCUGUGGGAGGGCCUUCGUCGCCUUCGGUUACAGUCUCACGAACGCUGGGUAUGGAUAGACGCCGUCUGUAUCAACCAAAGUGACAUCGGUGAAAAGAAUCAGCAAAUUCCAUUGAUGCGUCGCAUAUACGAAAGUGCAAGACGAACACUAAUUUGGAUUGGAGACAUCGGCAUGGAUGGCAAAAACUGUGUACGAACAGUUUGGGCCGAGAACGACCAACAAGUGGACGUUCCAACCCUUUGUUUUUCUGGUAGCAUGAGCAAGGACUUGGUUCAUGGCGUCGAAGACAUCAAAAGCGCCUUGAAGAGAUUCUACGACGAAAUAUGCAAGAGCGGAUCCAUGGAGGUGUGGUGGAAACGAUUAUGGGUGAUACAGGAGUACCACUUCUCGAAGAAACCACCGAUUGUCUAUGUUGGUUUCCACAGCAUGAACUGGAAACACUUUGCCUACAUGAUGAAAAACAUCACCGAGCCUGAUGAUCAGCUCGCGCCAUUUCAUCGUUUAGGCACGAGAGAGCAUCGUACCCUGUUUGAUCUUCUCUGCUCUGCUAGAUCCUUUCACUGCAAUGAUCCCCGCGAUCGCAUAUACGGUCUGCUCUCCAUGCAGUCGCCUCCGACCAUUGAGCCGGACUACAGCAAGAGCGUGCUGAAGGUAUUUGAGGAAACCUGCUUGCAUCUCAUACACGAAUCACGCAGCGUCGACGUCCUUCUUGAUAACAGAGCAGAUCGGACGCGCUGGGGCCCUAAGAACGUCCAUGAUGUUAUGCCAACGUGGAUGCCUGAUCUUCAAGUACUGCUCUCCAGAGAUAUCGUACAGAUCAACGAAAGCUCAGCAGGCACGGGUCAACAUGGUCGGACAGCAUCCGCGAGCCUCAUUCGGUACAUCAGUGGACAAAAGGGCUACGAUGUGCCAAGUUUGUUGAGCGUAAGGGGCAUAAAAUUCGAGCGAAUCUCCCGACGCACAACAAAGACCGACUUUGCGCGAUAUUUUGAUAAAUCCCCAAGCGGCAGCUUAGUCUACUACAGUGCGAAGAGGCGAGGUUACCUGCUUGACACUAUCCUCAACAAACUACAGUAUAGCUCCACGACGGACACAAAAUUCGACCAACUUGAAAGAAGACCUUACCUUAGUCAGCUCAUGUUAGAUUAUGUUUUCGAGAACAAACGCAGCUUCGUCGGAGAACACCAAAGAAGGAUGGAGCGUGUCCCCAACACUGCCAUUCACGCCUACAAAGCACAACGCGAGAAGGAUGUGGCAUUCGUUCACAAUAAGCCAAAAGACGUAAAGUACGUCAGAGAUCGCUGGCAGAUGAAGAUAGACAACGCAGAGCUCGACAUCUUCAUCCCUGAACGACUUCGAGAUCUUCUCAAUGACCAUACGCGACGGGAUCGGGAAAACAUCAUGAACGAUUUCAAAAUCGCACGCGAUUUCGAGAAUCUCUUCGCCUAUGCGCGCACCACGGAAGACAAGUAUUACUUCAUCGGGGCAAACUUUGAUGCUCCUAUGAGGGACGAUGUCUUGGCUUGCGAUUCUGUGGAAGAAGCCAACCAGCUGGCAUCGCGCUAUGGAACCGAUGAAUCCGAUCCAGAGUACCACUUCUACAACGCCAAGAAUCGCGAACGGGACUUCUUCAUCACGGAGGGCGGCUUCGUUGGUCUCGGCCCUGCGAAGCUCGAAGAGAACGAUCUGGUCAUUGUUCCGAUCGGCUCCAGCCUGCCCUGGAUCGUCCGGGGACAUCGCAGUGGCGAUAUCGAGUACUACACUUUUGUUGGGGAGGCGGUGGUGCCAAGCAUCAUGUCAGGUGACCUCCUUCUUCAGGAGGCGGCAGUGGAGGAAGACAUUAAUCUCAGAUGAUGCUUAACAGAGCGGACGAGGCGGCGGUUGAAGUUUCGGGUGGUGUGACGCGAUUUAGGAGCAUUGAGUGACAGACGAGCUGGUGUUCGGAGCGUUCGGAGCGUUCGGAGCAUUUUGUUACAUAUGGGUUCACUGAGCUUGCUUCCACGCAGAGUUCAGGGGUGUUUGCAGACGUUUCAAGCCUUAGAGGCAUAGAUGUUUACCGCGGUCAGACCUACGGAGCAUAGAUAUACGAAUAAU